GUAAAGUUGUAAUACAUAUCGAAAGAAAUUGAUCAGAAAGAAAAGAAAAUGAGACAAGGAAUGAUAUCUGGAACUGGAAACAGAGCUCACUCGCUUCUCUGCAUAAACCCUCAUAUACCAACCAAAAAACCAACGUCUGAACCUUCUUCUCACAUUUUCUUCAACGCCCAUCUCCUAAAACCUAGCAUUUCCAUCAAAAACCCAUCUGGAUCAUACAGAACCAGAACAAAAGCGGCCAUUAAUGACCACCUGAGCAGGACAGCACAGGCCACACACAGUUUCUACGAGCUAUUGGGCAUAUCGGAGAGCGGGACUUCCUCCGAGAUCAAACAAGCCUACAAGCAAAUGGCUCGGAAGUACCACCCGGACGUGUCACGGCCCGACUUCACGGAGGAGUACACAGAGAGGUUCAUUCGGGUUCACGAGGCUUAUGAAACUCUGUCUGACCCGAAAACCAGAGCGUUGUAUGACAGAGAUUUGGCAAAGGGUCUGCACCUGGCUUUCUCUGCUAGAAAACGGUCCCAAUAUGACCAGAGAUCCGAGGAGUGUGGUGAAUGGAGGGACAAUUGGGAGUCCCAACUCAUGGAGCUGAGGCGAAGAAGUGAACAUAAAGAUUCAACAAGGACUAUGUCAUGGGGAUCAAGAAUGAGGAGGCAAAGAAACCAAACAUCUGAUGAUGAGUUUGACUAAACAUAUUUCAUCUAACAGAGCUCUCUCUUUUAUCCAGUUUAGGCUAUGUGUGUGUAUAUAUAUUUAUGUAUAUAUAUCUCAGAAUUUAGGGGGGUUGAGUGAUGUAGAAAUGUGAGGGGGUUAAUUCACUUAUUAAUGUUUGAGUUUUUCAAGUUACUGAACACUGUCCUUUGGUCGCAUGUGAAUGGAGUUCUAGUUAAUUUGGUUUAUA